UCCACCAUUAUUGUCAGAGGAAGAAACGAGGAACGUCCGUCAACCCGAACUCCUUACGAGCGAAACGAAUGUGAAGACAGACCAGUAAAGCUGCGGUGGUAAAGCAAUGUCGUCGUGUCAGUACAUUCGACAUUUUGUCAACGAGCGACUAGCUGCUGCCGCGGAGGAGAUUGCCGGCGUCUUCAUAAAUACUCUCGUCGAGUAUGAAGAGGAGAUCAGACGUCAGCGUCAGCUUCUGGACGACGUUCGGAAACCAGGAAUAAAGCUACACAGAACAGACCAACAAGAGCAAGAUGUCGACAAGCAACAGGAAGUUCUCGCUGCGUCCUCCUGGCCCAGUGAGAACCAAGAAGUCCCAGAACCUCCUCAAAUUAAAGAAGAGCCCCGCAGCAGUCAGGAUGGAGACGAGUCAGACACGAAACUAGAGCUCGAUAAUUUCAGACAGAUUUCCGUUUGUCAGGAAAGUUAUAACACAGACAGUUACCCUCUGAACUCGAGUCCUGGUGAAAGUCAGAAUCACUUCGAAGAGUUCGACUGCGACAACGAUGCCUUUUUGCACAGCAGCAAUGCUGAUGAGUGUCAGCAUGACAAAAAAACUGAGCAUGGACAUUCGGGAAAGAAUUUAGAGGCAGAAUUGAAGCAGAGGCUUGACAAGACAAAGAAUCACGACAUCCAACAGCAAGAUGUCCCCAAGCAACAUGAGGUUGUCACUCGGUCAUCCUGGUCCAGUGAGGAGCAACAGGAGCCAGAAUCUACGGAGAUAAAAGAAGAACCUCACACAAGUCAGGAGGAAGCGGGGCCGGGAAUAAAGCAAAGGCUGGAUCCCUCGACCUAUUUUCCCGUUUGUCCCGAAAGUUCCCAUAGAGAAGAUCGGGUUUUGGACUCUGAGAAAAAUACAGAGCCAACGCUUGACAUCCUCGGCGGGUACAGUCCAUGCGCACAAUCAAGAAUCCACAAAGGGGAGAAACGAUGCGUUUGCAGCCUGUGCGGGAAACGAUUUUACAAUAAAACAACACUGAAGUUGCACACGAUGAGCCACACGGGCGAAAAGCCGUACGCUUGCGACACCUGCGGGAACCGAUUUACCGUCGUCGCCAUGUUGAAUCGGCACAUGAAGAUCCACACGGGUGAGAAACCGUACCCCUGCGGCCACUGCGAAAAGAGAUUUAGUGACAAAACAGCACUGCGGGUCCACAUGAGGACUCACACGGGCGAGAAGCCGUACCCUUGCGGCAUGUGCGAGAAAAGACUGAGCAGCGCCACGGCCCUCAAGGUUCACAUGAGGACUCACACGGGAGAGAAACCGUUCCGCUGCAACACCUGCGGGGGAACUUUCCGAGCCAAGACGGCGCUGAAAAGCCACACGAGGAUUCACACCGGCGAUAAACCGUACACCUGUGACUUCUGCGACAAGAGACUGAGCAGCACGACGGCGCUGAAGGUUCACUUGAGGACACACACGGGCGAGAAGCCGUACCCUUGCGGCAUGUGCGAGAAGCGGCUGAGUAGCACCGCCGCGCUUAAGAUUCACAUGAGGACUCACACGGGAGAGAAACCGUUCUCGUGCAACAUUUGCGGGAGUCGAUUUAGAGCAAAGGCGACAUUAAAAAUGCACGCGCGGAUUCACACAGGUGAAGCCGUGUGACUUUUGCCAUGCCAAGACGGACGCUUCACACGGCUUCGGUCGGAGCUGAAACAACAACCAUCCAUUCAGAGAGUUCUUGCUCCGAUUUAUCAUCCGAGUCACCUGCAACGUUGAAUUAAGGCAGGGGUGUCCAAACUUUUUGCCAAGGGGGCCAGAUUUUAUGUGGUAAAAUGUCGGGGGGCCGACUUUGGCUGACAUUCUUUACAUUGAACAACAAUAUUGUUCAACAAAUUUUAGUAAGCCAGUCU